CAACCAAGAGGUCAUUGGAAGGAAACUGUCACGUGACUUCUGGGUGCCAAUGUUCCUUCAGAAGGUCAAAAGGGCCCCAGUAGCUGAUGAGACAUUUCUUGACAAUGCAGAGAAAUACCUACCAAGACGCCAUAGCAAUAUUUGGAGAGUCCCCAUACCAAGGUGCCAGUGGAUUUGGAUACAAUCAUGACGCACCAGCCCACCAGCCCUUGGCCUACCUGGAGAGCCAGGUCAACUUGAAGGAGUUGGAUUGUUCAUCGCAGUCAAAUGGCAACAGCAAAUCACAGCACCCAAAAGAGAUUGACCCUAACUCAAAUUCUACCUUCACCAAAAGCAUAUUCCCGUGGAUGAAGAAGUCGACAAUUCAGAACUGUAUAAAGAACAACGGAGACAAUCCCUUAGAAGUUAAUGAACUAUUUGGUGACGAGGAAAGCCCAACAACUGCAGUCUCCAAAAGGGCGCGCACCGCAUACACAAGCGCCCAGUUGGUUGAGCUCGAGAAGGAGUUCCACUUCAAUCGUUACCUUUGCCGCCCCAGGCGCGUGGAGAUGGCUGGCCAACUCAGUCUAAAGGAGAGGCAGAUCAAGAUUUGGUUUCAAAAUCGGAGAAUGAAGUGCAAGAAAGAUGGAAAGUUUAAAGGACUGUGCUCCUCUUUAGGUAGCCCUGGAACUCUUACCAAUCUAGGUUAUUUUAAUGCAAUGGGGGAGGAUUAUGACAUUGUUUCCCCGCCAUAUUUAAAGCAUCAACAAAACAAUUAUGUCAGUGCAUCAGUCUACCCAAACUCAAUGAAAGGGCAACAGAAAUAUGCCACAACCCCAGAAUAUGCUCCUUGCAGUAUGCAGGACAAUGAUAGUACUUUUUCCAUUCAUUAUGCUCAAGCUGACCCUGUUCAUGUUGAUGUGAACUUGCCAUUCACUGCAUGCGGGAUAAGUAAUCAGUGUAAUCAGACUGCACAGAUGACGUCAAGCCAACACCAUCCUAAACCUACACUAUAUGAUCCAAACACAACAUACAUAUUGGGGCAUCAUUCUUCUCAAGAAUGAAUCAAGCAAGCUCCUAAACUGACUCAUUUAUAGCAUAUGUAGUCAAAAUGUCACUUGACCAUAAUCAGAUCCUUAGUGGACCGAAUCCAAAGUUCAGGCCUGCACACAUUUAAAAAAAAAAAAAAAAAA